AUGAUAUAUUGUCAUUGUUUUGUCAGCCAUGGCAUCCUCCAGUGGUCCAUCACUAAAUGAGGAGCUCCAGUGCUCCAUCUGUCUGGAAGUGUUCACUGAUCCAGUCACCACUCCAUGUGGACACAACUUCUGCAGAACCUGCUUGAUCAAGAGCUGGACGAACACACAGACCUGCUUCUGUCCACUCUGUAACGAAAAUUUCAGCAAAACACCUGAUCUCAAGAUUAAUACAACAUUCAGAGAAGUUGUGCAACACUUUAAGGAGAAGCUCAAUCUAGGAGGAUCUGAGGUGUUCUGUGACUUCUGUGAUGAUAGAAAGCAGAAAGCUGUGAAGACCUGCCUGACGUGUCCAGGCUCUUACUGUGACUCUCAUCUGAAGCCUCAUCUCAGUGUCCCAAGUCUAAAGAAACACACACUGAUCAAUGCUGUGGAAAAUCUGGAGGAUUAUAUAUGCCAGAAACACAAGAGACCUCUGGAGAUGUUCUGUAGAGAUCAUCAGACGUGUAUUUGUAUGUCCUGCUGCACUGAAGGAGAACACAGGACUCACACGAUUGUUCCUAUAGAGGAGGAGAGUCGAAAUAAGAAGAAUCAGCUGGUUCAGACACAGACAGACGUUCAUCAGAUGAUCCAGGACAGAAUGAAGAAGAUUCAAGAGAUCCAGCACUCAGUAGAGCUGAGAAAGAGAAACAAAGAGGAAGAGAAAUCCUCCAGUGUUGAGCUCUUCACUGAUCUGAUCCGCUCCAUUGAGAGAUGUCAGUCUGAUCUGAUGAAGAUGAUGGAGGAACAGCAGAAAGCAGCAGAGAAACAGGCUGAAGAUCUCAUUAAAGAGAUACAUCAGGAAAUCACUGAGCUGAAGAGGAGAAACACUGAGCUGGAGCAGCUCUCACACACUGAAGAUCAUCUCCAUCUCAUACAGAUGUGCUCAUCCCUGCACACUCGUCCACACACCAAGAACUGGACUGAGAUCAGGAUUGACUCUGGUGUGAAUGUGAACUCUCUGUUCAUAGCUCUGACUGAACUGAAGAAAACUCUCAAUGAAACACUCAGUCAAUCUGUGUCCACAGGGUUGAAGUUUGUGCAGAAGUUUGCAGUGGAUGUGACUCUGGAUCCUGAUACAGCGUAUCCACAUCUCCUCCUGUCUGAUGAUGGAAAACAAGUCAGUCGUGGAGACAUUAAGCAGGACGUCCCAAAAAACCCAAACAGAUUUGAUGUGGGUUGUGUUCUGGCAAAGCAGGGAUUCAGUUCAGGGAGAUUUUACUAUGAGGUGCAGGUGAAGGGAAAGACUGUGUGGACUUUAGGAGUGAUCAGAGAAUCCAUUAACAGGAAGAAGUCAAUCAGACUGAGACCUAAGAAUGGAGUCUGGACUGUGGCUCUGAGGAGGGAGAAUGAAUAUGAAGCUUGUGAUGAUUCACCUGUCUCUUUAUCUCUGAGAGUGAAACCUGAGAAGGUUGGUGUGUUUGUGGAUUAUGAGGAGGGUCUGGUCUCUUUUUAUGACGUGGAGUCCAGAUCUCAUCUCUACUCUUUCACUGCUCAGACUUUCCCUGAGAAACUCUAUCCAUUUUUCAGCCCAUGCGAUAAUGAUGAAGGUAAAAACUCAAACCCACUGAUCAUCACUCCUGUCAGAUGAAACGAACAAAAUAACAUAAAAUCUCAAAAGAUUAACUAUGGAUUUUUGUCAGCCAUGGCGUCCUCUGCUGAUCACAGGACUCACAACACUGAUCCUAUAGAGGAGGAGAGUCGAGAGAAGAAGACAGACGUUCAUCAGAUGAUCCAGGACAGAAUGAAGAAGAUUCAAGAGAUCCAGAACUCAGUAGAGCUGAGAAAAAGAAACACAGAUAAAGAGAGAUCAGCCAGUGUGGAGCUCUUCACUGAUGUGAUCCACUCCUUUGAGAGAUGUCAGUCUGAGCAGAUGAAGAUGAUGGAGGAACAGCAGAAAGCAGCAGAGAAACAGGCUGAAGAUCUCAUUAAAGAGAUACAUCAGGAAAUCACUGAGCUGAAGAGGAGAAACACUGAGCUGGAGCAGCUCUCACACACUGACGAUCAUCUCCAUCUCAUACAGAUGAGCUCAUCCGUGGACAGUCGUCCCCACACCAAGAACUGGACUGAGAUCAGGAUUGACUCUGAUGUGAAUGUGAACUCUCUGUAUAGAGCUCUGACUCAACUGAAGAAAACUCAAGAGACACUGAAUGAAAAACUCAGUCAAACUGGGUUGAAGUUUGUGCAGAAGUUUGCAGUGGAUGUGACUCUGGAUCCUGAUACAGCGGAUCCACAUCUCAUCCUGUCUGAUGAUGGAAAACAAGUCAGUUGUGGAGACAUUGAGCAGGACGUCCCAGAAAACCCAAAGAGAUUUGAUAUGGAUUGUGUUCUGGCAAAAGAGGGAUUCAGUUCAGGGAGAUUUUACUAUGAGGUGCAGGUGAAGGGAAUGACUCAGUGGUGUUUAGGAGUGAUCAGAGAAUCCAUUAGCAGGAAGGGGGACAUUAACAGUAUCCCGAGUCCUGAGGAUGGAAUCUGGAUUCUGAUGCUGUUUAUUGAGGAUCUAAAUGUAGUUCUUGUGAAUCCAGCGGUUAUGGUCUCUCUGAAAGUGAAACCUGAGAAGGUUGGUGUGUUUGUGGAUUAUGAGGAGGGUCUGGUCUCUUUUUAUGACGUGGAGUCCAGAUCUCAUCUCUACUCUUUCACUGGUCAGACUUUCACUGAGAGACUCUAUCCGUAUUUCAGCCCAUGCGAAUGCGAUAAUGGUGAAUGUAAAAACUCAAACCCACUGAUCAUCACUCCUGUCAGUUAA